AUGAAGCUCCCUCCGAUUGCCACGGCCUGUCUCUCCGCGCUCGUAAUAGACUCUUGCAGCAACAUCAUUGCGCAACGCCUCAAAGCAUGGAACGAAUCCAAGCCCUUCGUCUUCGACCGUGUCCUCUUCACACAAUUCGCCAUCAUGGUCGUUCUCACUGCGCCGGUAAAUUAUCAUUGGCAAAACUGGCUUGAACGUGCGUUCCCCGGGUGGAAGACGGUGAAACAGACAAGGGCAGUGGGAGAUGGUGAGGAGGAAAAGGGCAUCAUGCUCAAGGAGGAUGGAGAUGGUCGCAGUAUCAUCGAAGAGGAGGUCAGGGUGAGGAAUUGGUGGAACAUCUUCAGAAAAUGGUUUACCGAUUGUAUCACCAUGGGCGCGUUGCUGAACCAGUCAAUGUUCCUUAUCUUGAUUGGAAUCAUGAAGGGUAAAACCGUGGCAUUGAUUGUUCAGGACUUUAGAAAUGAGCUUUUCGGUCUCAUCUUCGAUUCGUACAAAGUCUGGCCAAUUGCCAACUUCUUCAGCACCACGUUCAUUCCCGUUGAGCGCCGCAUCGUCUUCCUGAGUUUCUGUGGUCUACUGUGGAACAUCUACCUAUCACUGGUAGCGGCGCGGCUCUAG